CCCCUUCCUUCCCCUCUCUCUCUUUUCUCUUGGGAAAAGCUUCCUUCCAUCCAUCAAUCCAGCCAUCGAUGAAUCGUUAAGAGGAUCUUUCGAAGGGUUUCAUAUCCCUUCUACUUCUUCGUCGUCCUUUUACUUCAAUUCCUCCUCGCCGCCGAUUAACAUCCCUUGUCACUCUAUCCCCUCAUCAUCCCCAUCCCCUCAUUCCUCCCUCCUCCACUCCUCCACUCCUCCUCUUCUCCCCGCUCCUACCUCGGAGCUCCAUCUAUCUGCCCCUCAAUCGUCAAUCGUCAAUCAUCAAUCAACCACCCCCGCCAUUCCCAUCGUCAGAAAUCGUCAAUUUACCUCGCUCUGUACGUACUGUACAAGCAUCACACCCAAUCCACCCCCCUACCUACCGCAAUAAAAAAUUUAUAACUCCAGACGCGUACUGUACAUACGACACGACAAAUUGAGCCCAACCACUUCAGCCGGAGCAGCAAGGACUCGAUUGAUUGAUUGAAGGAUAUUCCUGGUAACAACAGAGUCUAGAGCAGAGAGGCGUUCUGUCUGUCAGCAAAGCAAGCAAGGAAGGGCAUACUUUAUACUCGGCGCCAUCAAUUCCCUCACUCUCCACUCCGUCAUUGGGCAUUGGAGAAGUCUUAUACUUUAUACCUCGUCCGUCUUGGUCUCUUUUAUACCGCACUCAAAUCACUUAUACCUCAUCCACUCAUACCUCGUCCACUCGAUCUUUUAUACCUCACUCAAUCACUUAUACCUCGCUCACGCAUCCACUCAUCCACUCAAUCAAUCCCUCGUCCUCGCUCACUCAUCCACUCAAUCCCCCGUCCUCGGUCAUUUGAGCAAGGAGUCAUCACACAUCACAUAUCACACAUCUCACAUCUCACCAUCGUCCAUCUCGCCAUCCAGGUUACGACAUUAGCUUCGACUCGGCGCCAGCCUGAUAACUUUUGACAACUCUGACAACCUUGACAACCACAACCACAUCCACAAACAACAACUCCUCGACACCACUACCCACCUCGCUUCACAUCGGGUCAACUGCUCGAAGAAGAGUAGAAAGAAACAGCUCAAGCUCCACGACGAUCGAUUUCAAGCACCCGCUGUCCACUUAUUCGACUACUUCGACGAAGCUACUUACGUACCUACUACCCUGCCAACUGCAUCUCCAUACCCAUCCACAAAACCCCACCAAUCCACUCAAAAUCAUCCAGCCAACCAGCCACAACCAGCCAACCAGGUCAACAAGCAACAAAGUACAGCCCAAUACAGUCCAGUACAGUCCAGAAUUCCAGUGGUACCUUUCUUACCCCUCCACCUAGGUCACUCGGCCAUUCUCUUCCCCCAUCUUUUUUGCAUCGAAACCUCUCUCCGCUAUCCUAUCCGCUAUCCUUCUCCGCUAUAAUCCCCCAAUUCGACCCAUCGGCCCCAUCGAAAUAAAUAUCCGCGCGAUCACGCUUCAACGCCAUCAACCAGCUACAGAGCACUAUACUACACUACAAAACACACUACAGUAUACUACAGUAUACUACAGCAUACUACACUACUCUCCAGUCUCUCCAGACACACAACAGCCACACAACCCCUCCACGCCACUCCACAAUCACAAUCCACCAUCCCACCAUCCCACCAAAAAGUCAAAGGUCACUUUUAAAGGUCACGACAACUCACGAGAACCCUCACGACAAUCUUGGACGAAUCUAACAACAAUUUACAAUUUACAUCUUCUCAUCCUCCCCCGACUCUCACCGCCUUCAUCCUCCGCCAUUCCCAUUGGACAGCACUCCUCAAAACCCUUCAAAACCCUUUCGAACCCCCAACAAACUUUACGCAACACCACCAAAAAACAACCAACACCACGUGAAAGUUACGGCGGGCGGAAGUGACGGAAGACUACGGACAGUGGGACAGUGACCCCGACCCUUCAUGUCCCUGCCGUUAGCAGCCUGCGCGUGCGUGACCUCCAGUUCUCAUUACCAAAUAUCCCACGGCGAUUGAUCUAGCCCGUCCAACCAUAACGACCGUUCAGACGCCGAAAGUCCCAAAACUACCCAAGACCACCCAAAACCAUCAAAACUACGGAGUACUCAAAAAAAAGUACCCUCAACCCCUCCACACCCCCGGCGUCCACCGAAAAUCAAAUCCCCUCGGGACCAUCGCUGACCUGACCACCCCCCGGACAGGGAAAAAAUUAAAAAUAAACAUCGUGAACUCUCUUCGUUUAUUUACUACUUCUACUUCUCUUUUUCCCCCUUUUCCAUAAUCCUUAUCCCCCCUCGCCGACUCAGAGCGAAAGAGUUUCCUCUCACACGACCGACUACCCCGCCAUACACGCGCAAUCCGACCUAAAAACCCCUCCAAAAAAUCACACCACACCACUCCACACAACACACACACAACCCCGCGCGAAUCUCACCUGCUGAGAGCUGCACGCACUACCAACCCGCUGCACGCACACGCCUCAAAACUCAAUCGCUCACUUGCAGCUUCCCACCCGCCAUUGGCCGGCCCUCGACACUCAAACACCUUCGAACACCACGACCCCUCCAUCAGCGCCCAGCCACAAAGAAAAAAGAAAAACGAAACCGAAAUCGAAAUCGAAAUAACACACACAACAUUCAUGCCCUCCGCCACGCCACGCCCCAGCGACCUGCCCCUGCGCCCGCGCCCCUCCCCCCCAGCCGCCGCCUCAAAGGCCUCCCCCGCCUCCCUACCCGUCCACCCCCCCCACACCCCCAUGACCCGCACGAUCGCGGUCGUCAACUCGAGCGGGCGGCAGGCCGCGUCGCUGAUCCGCGUCGCGAGCGCCGUGGGCUACCGGGUGCGCGCGCAGCUGCGCAACCUCGAGGGCAUCGUGGCGCAGGAGAUCGCGGCGCUGCCCAAUGUGUCCGUCUUCGUUGGCGAGCUGGCGCCGCGCGCGGAUAAGGGGCGCGUUAAUACGGCGCUGAUCCGCGAGCUGUUUCAGGGCGCGCAGGUCGCUUUCAUUAAUACUACGUUCUGGGGGGAUGAGGUGGCUAUUGGGACCGCGCUCGCGGACGCAGCGAAGGAGGCGCAGAUCCAGCACUACAUCUACUCCUCGAUGCCGGACCACUCGCUGAUCUCCCCCGACUGGCCCGCCCUCCCCCUCUGGGCCUCCAAAGCCCGCGUCGAGUCUUACAUCCGCUCCCUCGCCCUCCCCGCCACAUUCGUCGACACAGGAAUCUACAACAACAACUUCACCUCCCUCCCCUACCCCCUCUUCUGCAUGGCCCUCCAACCCGACGGCUCCUUCACCUGGCGCGCCCCAUUCCACCCCGACGCUCCCCUCCCUUGGUUAGACGCCGAACACGACGUCGGACCCGCCGUGCUACAACUCCUCAAGAACGGACCCCCCGCGCCCGGAUCCCCACCAAAUAGAAUCGCACUAGCAUACGAGCGCCUCUCCCCCCGCGAAGCCUGCCGCGCCUUCUCGCGCGCCCUGCGCAGACCAGUCCGCUACGAGCGCGGCCCGAUCGAAAUCGCCGUCUCCAUUCCCAGCGGGUACGCCAGACAGCUUCGCGCGCUAGAACAGCUCUUCUCCCUCGGCGGACCGGAUGCGGAGGCUCAGCCGCCGUAUUUUGGCGACCUGGCCCAGGAGGAGAGUGUCCCCGCCGCUGCGAUGGGGUUGUGGGAGGGGUAUAGGGGGUUGGAGGAGUAUGCGAGGGAGGUUUUCCCCUUAGAGGAGGCGGCGAAUGGGUUGACGUGGAUGCAUGAGCCGGUGGAGAGGGUGGAGAGGGGGUUGGAGGGGGAGGAGGAGAGUGAGGAUGAGGAGGAAGGGUUGAUGAUGGGGAAGAGGAGGCAGGAGGAGUGGCUUGCUUGAAUGGUUAGCCAGAAACUGAUGGUCCGUUUUUUAAUUCAUGGCAUGGAAAAUGCAGUGCCUACGGGUUUGGGAAUGGGAGAUGGGACGGGAUAAGGAUGACUAAAAUGGGAACGGAAUGGGAAAUUGGCGGGUCGGGAGGUGCAUCAGGCACGGCGUUGGGAAUAUUUUUUUGGGGGGUCUUUUAAGUGCUACCUUCUUGCUGCUUGCUUGUCUUGCGGAGCCUGCGAAUUAUUUUCUUGGGGAUGGAUGGAAGAUGGGAUGGGAUUAUUGAGAUAUUGACAUACCGUGAGCAUGGAUAGGGAUAUUGAAGUUGUUAAAGAGUGGGUGGGAGUGGGAUAGGAGAUAGUGAGAUGAUAUCAAGACAGACAGGGGUUACAGAGACCGGACUGGGAACACGGGCUGGAUGGGAAACACACCCACACUUGCCCUCACAAUACAAGAAACUUUCACCGCUUCACAACAAAACCUUCCUCCCC